AUGCCGUCAACUUUGGAAAGUAUUUUCAUACGCGAUAUACGUCAGCUUUAUAGCGCUUCCGAGGAUUUCAAUGUGGUAGUAGUAUGUGGUCAAAAACCUAAUGUAGCGAAAUUCCAGGCACACUCCGUAAUACUACGUGCAAGGUCCACGUACUUCCGAGAGGUUUUAUCUGGUAAAGUCGCCAAGAAAAGUGGCAUAACCACCUUGCAUCAGCAGAAUAUAUCCCCUAGCGUUUUUGGACCUAUUUUGAGUUAUAUAUAUAAUGGGACCAUCGAUUUGGAAGAAGACGCGAUAAAACCAUUUUAUCUCGAACUUUUAACCGCGUCUCAUGAAUUAAACCUUGACGAAUUGCUAGAAUAUAUACAGGAUUACGUCAUCGAAAAUCAUGGAGAGUGGAUUCGUCAACAUCUUGUUAAGAUAGUCCGGCUUACGACAAAUAAUCAAUAUUUAUCCAAGCUUGGAACUUAUUGCCAAAUGAUAGUCAACACCAAUCCAUCGGAAAUUCUAAAAGCUGGUGAUUUCUUGUCUUUAGAAGAAGAGUAUAUGGCCUUAUUAAUCAAAAGGGAUGAUCUUAGAAUAGAAGAGAUCGAAAUAUGGGAAUUUGUGUUAAAGUGGGGAAUUUUCCAACAUAAAUCUUUAAGUAUCGAUGUUUCAAAAUGGACAGAUGAGGAUUUUGACGCUGUGGGUAAAACUUUGCGAAAUCUGAUUCCUCAUGUAAGAUUCUUUAACAUAUCAGGAGAGGAUCAUAGAACCAGAAUCAGACCAUUUAAGAAAAUCCUACCGAAGGAAUUAAGAGAAGAAAUCAAGGAUUAUUUCUUUGCUAAUAUUGCACCCAAGCAAUUUAUCAGACUUCCACCGCGGACAGAAGAAUCAACCAUGUACAAUUCUAAGUUGAUCACCAUGAAACACUUUUGCCAGAUUGCUGCAUGGAUAGACGAUUUCAUCGAUAUGAAUGUAUAUACACCAAUAGAUAUACCAUAUAAUUUUCAUCUCCUUUUACGUGGUAGUCGAGAUGGAACAAAUGAUACGUUUAAAUUUCAUGAACGAUGUGACAACCAAGGUCCAACAGUCGUAAUAAUAGAACUUGCUAACUCGAACCGGGUACUCGGUGGGUACAAUCCAAUCCAUUGGAAAAGUGAGGGAGGAUGGGGAGAGACAUCAAAAAGCUUCUUAUUUUCGAUGGAGAAACAUGGCUAUGAACCCGAAUCUAAUAUUCUUUCUCGUAUCAAAACAAAUAAAGCUGCUAUUUGGAAUGGUAUGAGAAGCCCAAGCUUUAGUCAUGACUUGCAAUGGUUCUCGGGAAAAUGUAUACAGAAAUCAUAUGAAAAGUCUAUUCUUGAUCGGGAAUCAUUUUCUCUUACUAAUUAUGAAGUAUUUAAGGUUGUUAGAAGGGAAAUGACUAAAGAUGAUAACAAGAGGUUAAUGACAUCAGAGGAUUAUAGUACUGACGGAAGUUCAGACAUUGGGGAUUCGAAUAAGCGUUUCAAAUCAGAUGACAUUGUUUAUUAG